UCCCAGGCACAGACCUCACUCAGUCUCAGUGCCAGACAGUGGGAUUCUCCCACCAGGAGCACUGGGGGCAGGAAGCCCUGCUGUAACCUAAGCCCUGAGUUGCUGCCAGAGGUUUCCUGCCUCCAGCUGAGCAAGUGGGCUUCAGAGGGCCAAACAGGACCAGUGUGACACUGCUUCUGCAUCCUGGUUGCAUCUUAGGCCUCAGGAUGUUUGGCCUGGAGGAACUCUCUUUUCCUCCUUAGCUUGUGUUACAUUGUCAGAGCCCCUCCAGACCCAGCCACCCCUCCAUAUGCAGCACACAAGCCACUGCUCCAGGCAAAGCAGCUCCACAAGGUCGGGGUGGGGAUACCUGUGCCACAGUACCCAGGGUCUCUGAGGCCUCUGCUGCCCUGGUGCUGAAGUCCUGGCUUUGGUACCCAGGUCUGGGGUGCCCAGGCACCAAGGUGUCUGGGGCCAUGCUAUGGAAUUCCCAAGCCACGGUCAGAAUGCCCUGAAGAGUAUGUGGUAGGACCAGAGUGGCCCCUGGUGGGAAGGAGAGGAGGCAGGGAACGGUACCUGACAGCUGGACCCCCUCCUGCCAGAGAACACUGCAGGAGUUGGAGAUGCCUCAUCUCCUCCCUUCCCUGGGGAGGAUGUGCCCGUAUUCCUACUGCCACCCAGGAGAUCGGCCCCCUCCCCCAGUGCAGGCUUCCUCUCCUAGGGUGCCCAGCAAUCUCCCUUUUACUUUUGCCACCAGCUUCUUGGGAGCAGAGGGCCUGAGCUGUGUCCCCAGGGAGUGGUAUCCCAGGUGCCUGAGCAGGUUCCCUCAGCAUCCGGGCAGGAGGACGCCCCAGCCCUUCCAGGUGCUGGACCUCAGGAAAUGGGAGCCCCGGUGUGGAGCACUCUGACUCCCAGCCCUCCUGAGGCUGGGCUCACCCCUGUGAGUUCAGAAUCUCCAGAUCUGGGCCAGGGGGCCCAGCGUGGACAUUGCUCUGGUGCCAAUUAGCACCAAAGCCCAGAGGGUGGGGAGGUGGUGAAUCCAGGCCAUGUCCUGACCUGGAGGUGCCCCAGCCUGGUUCCCGCCUCAGGUUUGUGUUGUUGCCUGUUUGAUGCCACCCGAGAGGCUCCAGCACCACAGUAACGUUAGUGCCCCUAAAAGAAGUGCUGUCUCCAGCGCCUUCUCUGCUUUACAUCCGCUCCGCACCUCUUUACAGCUCUCCCAGGUGAGCACUUCUCCUGCUUUGCCAGAGAAACUGCUCAGGGAGGUGGAGGUACUUAUCCAAAGUGUCCCACCUGUGAGCGUGGACGUGCUGCAGGAUGUUUGGCCCCAUAGCCACAAUAGGCCCACUUUUCCCUCCGCAAGCUGCCUCUGGGAGCCCAGCAGGAUGCAGAAGGCUCUGGGGCUGAGAGACUCCUAAAGGGCCUCACCCAGGGCACCAGGCUGGGCAGAACCGGGCCUCUAGCUCUCCAGGGCUUUCCCCGGUUCCGGAUUCCGGAGUGGGGCUGCUUUGAGCCGCCAGAGCAACAGGCCAGUCCCGCCAGCGUGGGGAGCCCGAAGGAGCAGGCAGGUGGAGCUCUCGCUCUGCGCCUCGGCCCUUCUGCGGUCUUUGCAGCCGUUUGCAUUUCCUGAAACCGGAUCUCAGUGUCAGAGCCGCCCCUGGGCCGGGCAGGCGCCUCAGCCAUGGCCCUGCGCAAGGAGCUGCUCAAGUCCAUCUGGUACGCUUUCACCGCGCUGGACGUGGAGAAGAGCGGCAAGGUCUCCAAGUCUCAGCUCAAGGUCGAUGACACAGUGUACCUGUCCCCAGUUGAAGGAGCCUCAGGCUACCUCCAUCCAGCUCCUUUUGUUCUAAACAACGUCUCAGUGAGCUUUCUUGUCCAGGUGCUGUCCCACAACCUGUACACGGUCCUGCACAUCCCUCACGACCCCGUGGCCCUGGAGGAGCACUUCCGAGAUGAUGACGAUGGCCCUGUGUCCAGCCAAGGAUACAUGCCCUACCUCAACAAGUACAUCCUGGACAAGGUGGAGGAGGGGGCUUUCGUUAAGGAGCACUUUGAUGAGCUGUGCUGGACCCUGACGGCCAAGAAGAACUACCAGGUGGACAGCAACGGGAACAGCAUGCUCUCCAACCAGGAUGCCUUCCGCCUCUGGUGUCUCUUCAACUUCCUGUCUGAGGACAAGUACCCUCUGAUCAUGGUUCCUGAUGAGGUGGAAUACCUACUGAAGAAGGUGCUCAGCAGCAUGAGCUUGGAGGUGGGCUUGGGGGAGCUGGAGGAGCUGCUGGCCCAGGAGGCCCAGGCAGCCCAGAGCUCCGGCGGGCUCAGCGUCUGGCAGUUCCUGGAGCUUUUCAACUCGGGCCGCUGUCUGCGAGGCGUGGGGCGGGACACCCUCAGCAUGGCCAUCCACGAGGUCUACCAGGAGCUCAUCCAAGACAUCCUGAAGCAGGGCUACCUGUGGAAGCGAGGACACCUGCGGAGGAACUGGGCAGAACGCUGGUUCCAGCUGCAGCCCAGCUGCCUUUGCUAUUUUGGGAGUGAAGAUUGCAAGGAGAAAAGGGGUACCAUCCCAUUGGAUGCGCAAUGCUGCGUGGAGGUGCUGCCCGACCGAGAGGGGAAGCGCUGCAUGUUCUGCGUGAAGACGGCCUCCCGCACGUACGAGAUGAGUGCCUCAGACACUCGCCAACGCCAGGAGUGGACGGCUGCCAUCCAGAUGGCGAUCCGGCUGCAGGCAGAGGGGAAGACGUCGCUGCACAAGGACCUGAAGCAGAAGCGGCGCGAGCAGCGGGAGCAGCGGGAGCGGCGCCGGGCAGCCAAGGAGGAGGAGAUGCUGCGGCUGCAGCAGCUACAGGAGGAGAAGGAGCGGAAGCUGCAGGAGCUGGAGCUGCUGCAGGAGGCGCAGCGGCAGGCGGAGCGCCUGCUGCAGGAGGAGGAGGAGCGGCGCCGCAGCCAGCACCGCGAGCUGCAGCAGGCGCUCGAGGGCCAAUUGCGCGAGGCGGAGCAGGCCCGGGCCUCCAUGCAGGCUGAGAUGGAGCUGAAGAAGGAGGAGGCUGCCCGGCAGCAGCAGCGCAUCCAGGAGCUGGAGGAGAUGCAGCAGAGGCUGCAGGAGGCCCUGCACCUGGAGGUGAAGGCCCGGCGGGACGAGGAGGCCGUGCGCCUAGCCCAGACCAGACUGCUGGAGGAGGAGGAAGAGAAGCUGAAGCAGCUGCUGCAGCUGAAGGAGGAACAGGAGCGCUACAUCGAGCAGGCGCAGCAGGAGAAGCAGGAGCUGCAGCAGGAGAUGGAGCUGCAGAGCCGCUCCCUGCAGCAGGCGCAGCAACAGCUGGAGGAGGUGCGGCAGAACCGGCAGAGGGCCGACGAGGACGUGGAGGCUGCCCAGCGCAAGUUGCGCCAGGCCAGUACCAAUGUGAAACACUGGAAUGUCCAGAUGAAUCGGCUCAUGCAUCCAAUUGAACCUGGAGACAAGCGUCCCACCACCAGCAGCUCCUUCACAGGCUUCCAGCCCCCUCUACUUGGCCGCCGCGACUCCUCCCUAAAGCGCCUGACUCGCUGGGGGUCCCGUGACAACAGGACCCCCUCACCCAGCAGCAGUGAGCAGCAGAAGUCCCUCAAUGGCGGAGAAGAGGCUCCCAUCGCAGCUUCCACCCCUCAGGAAGAUAAACGGGACCCAGCACCAGAAAACUAACCUCUGCUAGCCUCUUUGGCCCCCAUCUUUGUGCCUGCCAGGACCUGGCCACAGCUGGCCUGUGGGUGAUACCAGCUGCUGCAGAAGGAGCCGCAGUCCUGGUACCAAGGGCCCAGGGCCUCUGACCGAGAAACAGUCCAGAGUAGAACUUGGUUCAUUUUUUUGCACCAGCCCCAGGCCCCAGACCACUGAGUCUGUCGGAGGUGUUGAUCCUCAAGAACUUGAACCUGUGCCUUAACCCCAAGGAUUCUAUACCCUGGGCUGGGAAAGAGAGUAAACAAGCAAGCCAGGGGCCAUCUGUCCCCAUACUGCCACCAAGUUGUGGAGGCGCAUUUCCAAAUAAAAAUUAGUCUUGGAAUAAA